AUGGCCUCCGCAAAGCGAACCCACGAGCCAGACAACAGCUCAAAUCAAAUGAUCGAACCUGCAAACAAAAGACAAAAAUUGGAGUUGGCUAGUCUCGGACUCGACUUGAAUAGCCUACAGAAAAUUGAUCCCGAGGGUGAUGUUGUCCUUUCCGCCCCCGUGCGUUGCCGCCGCUCAAUGCGAAUACAAGCAAUGACCGGAACAACUGCCCAAGUCCUGGUGUCAUCGUUCCUGGUGUCAUCGACGCAUCUCAAAACGGCUUCCGAAUAUUUCAAAGGCCUGCUGUCAGAGAGGUGGCCAAAGGGACGGGCCUUGGCAUCCGGUAGAGUCGUCCAGAUUGGCAUUGAUGAUUGCAAAGCGGAGGAACUACUGCUUAUACUGAACAUCAUCCAUGGAAAUUUCCGAGCAGUUCCUCAGAAGAUCAGUUUCCAGACACUGGUUGAUGUCUCCCUGGCAGCAGACUUUUUUCAAUGCACUGAUGUGGUUCAACCGUUUGCUCUCAGGUGGAUUGAUGACCUCAAAGCGGAUCUGCCGUCAAAAUGGACACCAGAAAUUCCCGAAUGGAUUAUGAUUUCUGUGUUGUUCAGGCAUGAGGACACAUUCGCUCAUGUUACCAAAAUUGCUGUCGAACAUGGCACAUGUCCCUUCGAAACCCACAACUUACCCAUCCCAGGAAAUAUCAAAGGUAUGUCACAAAGCAACCUAUCUCAAGAGGUCUCACCUACUGCACUGACUCUCAAUCUAGAUCAAAUUGACAGCAGCAGAGAAGAGUACCUUCAAAAAGCUCUGGGUGGAAUUAAGGAGCGUAUCCGCACGUUGGUCUUAAGUCGAGAUCAAUCCUCUUUGCAUUGCUCGUCAAUCUGUUCCAUGGAGAGUUUGGGGAGACUGAUCCAAGUAUUGGCCAUGCACAAUAUCCCGUUUUGCUGGAGCUCUCCGGAUACGCUGGAUAUUCAGGCUACCUCUGGUUUGCUGGAGGGAUUGAGUCCUUGCGAAAUUCGCGCAAUGGUGAAGAAUAACAGCCCAGCCACUCUACAUCGCUGCACGGACGGUAUUUUCUGCGAGUUUAGAAAUUUUCCAUGGGGAAGCGAUAUUGUGAAGUUUGCAGUGAAAAAUUGCGGCAAAGUCAAGAUGAAGAAAACCCAGUGA